AUGUGGUUAUACUUAAUUGUAUUCUUACUUGCUCUUAUCAUUGGAUAUGCUUUGCGAAUCUAUUUAAGAGGGAAAGAGUGCAAAAUAAGAAGAGAUAUCUCAAAUAAGACUAUUCUCAUCACGGGAGGGAGCAAAGGAAUCGGACAAGAAACCAUUCGGUAACUAGCUAACUAUAAUUGCACAAUAAUAUUUGGAAGCAGGACCAAACCAACUGAAUUCUUGAAUCAUUUGAACAAAUACUACUCCAAAACAACCAUUAAAUACAUUCCUUUGGAUUUAUAAAAUUGGAAAUCAAUAUAAUAAUUUGUUGAAUAAGUUAAUAAGGAAACAAAGAAAAUUGAUAUCUUAAUCAACAAUGCUGCUAUAAUGGGAACCUUAACUAGAGAAUUUACCUCAUAUGGUUUGGAAGCACAAUUUGGCACAAAUUACUUAGGGCCUUUCUAUUUGACUUAACAAUUGUUACCAUUAUUAAAAAAAUCAGAUAGUCCUAGACUUAUUAAUGUGGCUUCGGUUGCUCAUACCUAUGAGGGGUUGGAUUUUAAUGAUAUCAAUUGUGAUAAGUGGGCCAAUAGUAUAUUUUGGAGUAGAAUUUACACUUAUCGAGCUUACGGUAACACCAAAUUGAGUCUGAUAUUGAAUGCUCAAGAGUUCUCUAAACGAACUGGGAUCAAGGCAUGUUCUUUACAUCCAGGCGUAGUUAGGAGUGAGGUCUUGUAAUAUUAGUUAUCAUCAAAAUGGUUCGACUGGCUAUUGAAGAUAUUGUGGCCGUUCUUUGCCUACUUCACUAAGGAUUGCUAUUAUGGAUGCCAGACGACUCUAUAUUGUAUUAUGAUGAGUGACAAUCAACUGGUAGAUGGAGGGUAUUAUGAUAAUUGCGAGUUGUCGAAACCUAAAUACACUUCCAAAGAGAGGGCUGAAUAAUUGUGGGACUUUACUUUGGAAUUAAUUAAGAAGGUUGAAAAAGAAUAGAAAUGA